AUGGGUCUCUCUUACGACCCCCAAUCAAGUGGUCAAGCUGAGAUAUCUAAUAGAGAAGUCAAGCUUAUUUUGGAUAAAACGGUGAACCAAUGUCGCAAGGAUUGGUCAUCCAAGUUAAAUGGUGCAUUGUGGGCCUACCGCACAGCCUACAAAACCCCUAUUGGCAUGACGCCAUACAAGCUUGUAUAUGGAAAAUCAUGUCAUUUUCUCGUGGAGUUGGAGCAUAAAGCUUAUUGGACCAUUAACACUUUAAAUUUUUAUCUUCAAGCUUCAAAUGAAAGAAGGAUGCUUAAAAUUCAUGAGCUUGAAGAGCUAGGAGAUAUGCUUAGGAGAAUACCAGGAUUUAAAAAGAGAGAACAAAGGCUUGACAUGAUGAACGAAUCAUAA